AUGGUGAAGCUUCCAGAGUACAUCGAGACCCGUCUCUUCAUCAACAACGAGUGGGUAACCUCCACCGACACCUUUGAUCUGUACCGACCGUUCGAUGGCGCCCCACUGGCGCGCGUGCACGCCGCAACACACGCCCACGUCUCUUCCGCCGUCGCCGCGGCGAAAGCUGCGCAGCCCGCCUGGGAGCGGCUCGGAGUCUAUGGGCGCAAGGGCGCGAUCCUCCGGUUUGCGGCGCUGAUACGCGAGCACACCGACGAGCUGGCGCUGCUCGAGGGGCUGAACACGGGACGGUCGCACCGCGAGGCGACGGACAAGGCGAUGGACUACACGGUGUCGGGGAUGCUGGAGUAUUUCGCCGAGGCGGCGCUCGAUAUUCGCGGCGAGACGAGGAUGUGUGAGGAGGGGAAGCUGUUGAUGGAGAUCAAGCAGCCGUUCGGCGUGGUCGGCGCUAUAUGUCCGUGGAAUGCGGCGAUCCCGAUGUUUGCGUGGAAGGUGGGCGCGGCGGUGGCCGCAGGCAACACCAUCGUCAUCAAGUCGUCCGAGAAGACGCCGCUGACCAGCUUGCUGCUGGCGGAUCUGAUCGCGAAGGCCGGGUUUCCGCCCGGCGUCAUCAACGUGCUUUCCGGCCCGGGACCGACCACGGGGGCCGCGUUGGCGGCUCAUCCCGACGUGAGGAAGCUGUCGUUCACGGGUAGCACGGCGACGGGCAGGCACUUGCAGAAGGUGGCCGCCGACACUAACAUGAAGAAGGUGCAGCUCGAGCUGGGAGGCAAGAGCGCCUGCAUCAUCUUCAACGAUGCCAAUCUGCCCAUGGCGGCAGCAAGGACCGCAUUCAGCAUGAAUUUUCUGGUUGGACAAUCUUGUUUUGCUAACACCCGGAUCUUUGUCGAGAAGGGUGCGGUCGACGAGUUCAUGCGCCACUUCAAGGCCGCGUUUUCGAAGGUCGGCCCGAAUGGUGAGAUCCAGCUCCUGACGGACCCGACGGACAAAGAAUUGAUGGGGCUGUCGCCACUGAUCGACGAAAUCCAAUUCAAGAAAGUGAUGGGUUACAUCGAAGAAGGGAAGAAAUAUGGUACCCCACUUAUCGGCGGCCACAAGUUGGGUGAUAAGGGCUUCUUUGUUGCGCCCACCAUAUUCCUUGACCUGCCUCCCGACUGCGCAUUGAUGAAGGAGGAGAUAUUCGGGCCGGUAGUGUGCGUCACCACUUUCGAGACCGAAGAGGAAGCGCUAGCGCUGGCAAACGACACCGAGUACGGGUUGUACGCAAGCGUCUUCACGCAGGACGCCUCGCGAUCGAUCCGGGUCGCCAGGGCGCUCGAGGCCGGGAUGGUCGGUGUGAACACCACAUCACCAGAUAUCGCGACGGGUUUGACGUUCGGAGGUUGGAAGUCCAGUGGGAAUGGCAGGGAGGGAUGGAGUCACGGGCUGGCUUCAAUGGUCGAAUCCAAGUCCAUCAACAUGGUCUAUGGGCCUCCUUGAGUCAUUGUUGGAGUAUUACUGGUAUAGACAUGCGCCCACCGGAGUGAUUGUUUGACUGCGACCCGUCGGGGUGCAUAUGAUACCAGGUAGUAGUAGUGUGCGUAUCUACCUUACUGUAUAGUAUCCCUACCUAUAGCAGUAACCUCAAGCAUCCAUCCAUUCCAUGUAUCGACUCGAUCAGCGACCAGACAGGUCGGUGUUUCGCGUGGUGUUCAGAUCGAGGUUCUGGGUUGAACCACCGUCGUUGCUGUGAUAUAGAGAGCAGUUAGGGUAGUUGUCGAUAGUGUGCCAAGUGGGCAGCGG